CUUUAGUUGGAGAGAAGACUAAAGAUAAUUCUGCUGGGGGAGCAGAGAGGGAAGAAGCACUGACCUCUCUUUCUUCCUUGAGACUUGUCCUGGGGAUCUCUCUAGAAGAGAGGUCUGGAUCAUGGGAAUUUCAUUCCUCCUCUCCCCUCACCCCCAGUUUUACAGCCAAGAUUCUUAGCCCUGGUAGUGGUUGAUUUUUUUGGUACCCCCAAAAUAUUUCUAGGGAUAUUGAGAAAAAGCUUUUUAAUCCCAGAUUCUUAAUUAUUUCAAUAAAAAAAAAUAACAUAAAUAUACCAUCCAGCUCCUUCAGGAAUAGGGGAGGGUGUCAUGAAAGCAAACAACAGGACGGUGAAAAGUGAAAGACUGAGAAUCUUUAUUCUAGAAUGCUUUUCUCUUAUCCCGGCCCGGCGUGGUUUCCAAUGGCCAUCAGAGAGUUUACGGUCUAAAAGGGCAGGUAAGAAUACACGUGGAAUCAAUAAGAGAUCUGUCUGAACCUUAAUGAGGGGUUGUGGGAGGAGUGAUAAAUGAGGACAGUUCCUAGAGAAGGCAGAACUACUCAUGUCAGUUCCACAAACCUUAAUUAGACAUCUGCUUAAAUUACUAUAGUGACAAAGUUGAAAAAUAACAAGUCUCUACUCUCUAAAAGUUUAUAAUCAAAUCUUAGGUGGGGAGAGGUGAAAGUGAAAACAUGUAUGGAAAUGAGUGUAAAACAUGUUUUUAAAUGAUCAAGUAUAUAGGAGAGAUCAGGCUCAAUGGCUUGAGGGAAGAGCUAUCAUUUCCUUCUUGAUAGAGUAAGGAAUGACUUCAUGGAAAAGAGGACACCUGAACUGGGUCUUAAAGGAAAGAGAAUGUUAUGAGUAGAAAUUGGAAGUCAAGGAAUCUGUUACAGGCCAAAAAAAAAAAAAAAGUGUUUUUAAAACAUGGUAUAUACUUAGGCUUAGAAAUCUGAAAUUUAAAGAAAUGCCCCAAAGGGAAGGGGCACAGAAGGGAUGAAUGGGAAGGACAGAGAAUAAACUUUGGAGAGAUAAGCAAGAACGUUGUUUGCCUUUAAAGUGGACCCAGUCUAGAGAAACAAUGUAUGUACACCUGUGAAAACAUUGUAAAAACAUUUACAGAGCAACAUGUUAGCAAAUACAGCUUCUGAACUUAGUGCACACUAAAUACAUUGAGACAAAGUAAAGGAGUAUUGAGUGUGAUGUGAGUAAAAUCGGGGAGGUAAUGAUGUUCCUGCUAAGUAAUGCUCAGUGAAGGAAAGCAGAUUCCAGGGAGAACUUCAUGGAGUUGGAAGUUGGAAUACAAUAGGAAGGUAGAAAACUGACUGGUUUAUGUUUCUUUUUUUCCUGUCCUUCCCCAGCUUGGAAGUGCUGUGUCCGGCUGUGGCCAUGGGAGACACAGCCGUGGAGCCAGCCCCACUGAAUGCCUCUUCAGAGCCCACUCCAAGCCCACCAAGCAAUAAUGGGGGUGCCCUGCUCAGUGUCAUCACUGAAGGGGUUGGGGAGCUGGCAGUCAUUGACCCAGAGGUAGCCCAAAAGGCCUGUGAGGAAGUGUUGGAGAAAGUAAAACUUUUGCGUGGUGCAACCAGCUCCCCAGAGGGACCCUCCCUUGAGCUAGUCAACGGAGACAGCAUAGGCAAUGAACUUCACUGCCUGGACGAGCCACCCAGCCGCAUCCAAGAGGAGGAUGAGGUGGGGACCUCUAGCUCAGCUAAAGGGGCGAGGAGGCGGCGGCAGAACAACUCGGCCAAGCAGUCGUGGCUGCUGAGGCUGUUUGAGUCAAAGCUAUUUGACAUCUCCAUGGCCAUCUCGUACCUGUACAACUCCAAGGAGCCCGGGGUUCAGGCUUACAUAGGCAAUCGGCUCUUCUGUUUCCGCAAUGAAGAUGUUGACUUCUAUCUGCCCCAACUGCUAAACAUGUACAUCCACAUGGAUGAAGAUGUGGGGGAUGCCAUCAAGCCCUACAUUGUGCACCGCUGCCGCCAGAGCAUUAAUUUCUCCCUUCAGUGCGCCCUGCUUCUUGGGGCCUACUCUUCGGACAUGCACAUCUCCACCCAGCGACACUCCCGUGGGACCAAGCUCCGAAAGCUCAUCCUUUCAGAUGAGCUGAAGCCAGCUCAUCGAAAGAGGGAGCUGCCCUCCCUGAGCCCUGCUCCUGACACAGGCUUAUCCCCCUCCAAAAGGACUCACCAGCGCUCCAAAUCGGACGCCACUGCCAGCAUCAGCCUCAGCAGCAAUUUGAAACGCACAGCAAGCAACCCUAAAGUGGAGAAUGAGGAGGAGGAACUCUCCUCCAGUACCGAGAGUGUUGAUAAAUCAUUCAGUUCCCCGGUCAGACUGGCUCCUGAGCGAGAAUUCAUCAAAUCGCUGAUGGCAAUUGGCAAGCGAUUGGCAACGCUGCCCACCAAGGAACAGAAGACCCAGAGGCUGAUAUCUGAGCUGUCCCUACUCAACCACAAGCUCCCUGCCCGAGUCUGGCUGCCAACUGCUGGCUUCGACCACCAUGUGGUUCGGGUACCCCACACCCAAGCAGUUGUCCUCAACUCUAAGGAUAAGGCGCCCUAUCUCAUUUACGUGGAGGUCCUUGAGUGCGAGAACUUCGACACCACCAGCGUCCCGACCCGGAUCCCAGAGAACCGGAUCCGCAGCACGAGGUCCGUGGAGAACCUCCCCGAAUGCGGCAUCACCCACGAGCAGCGGGCGGGCAGCUUCAGCACCGUCCCCAACUACGACAAUGACGACGAGGCCUGGUCUGUGGAUGACAUCGGCGAGCUCCAGGUGGAGCUCCCUGAAGUACAUGCCAACAGCUGUGACAACAUCUCCCAGUUCUCUGUGGAUAGUAUCACCAGCCAAGAGAGCAAAGAGCCCGUGUUCAUUGCAGCAGGAGACAUCCGACGGCGCCUCUCGGAGCAGCUAGCCCACACCCCUACCGCCUUUAAACGGGACCCAGAAGACCCAUCAGCAGUUGCCCUCAAAGAGCCCUGGCAAGAGAAAGUCAGGAGGAUCCGAGAGGGCUCCCCCUACGGCCACCUCCCCAACUGGCGGCUCCUCUCAGUCAUUGUCAAGUGUGGGGAUGACCUGCGACAAGAGUUGUUAGCCUUCCAGGUGUUGAAACAGCUGCAGUCCAUUUGGGAGCAAGAACGGGUGCCUCUUUGGAUCAAGCCCUACAAGAUCCUUGUGAUUUCUGCGGACAGCGGCAUGAUAGAGCCUGUGGUCAAUGCGGUGUCCAUCCAUCAGGUGAAGAAGCAGUCACAGCUCUCCCUGCUCGAUUACUUCUUACAAGAGCAUGGCAGCUAUACCACCGAGGCGUUCCUCAGCGCCCAGCGCAAUUUUGUACAAAGCUGCGCUGGCUACUGUCUUGUCUGCUACCUGCUCCAGGUUAAAGACAGGCACAAUGGGAAUAUCCUUCUAGAUGCCGAUGGUCACAUCAUCCACAUCGACUUUGGCUUCAUUCUCUCCAGCUCCCCUCGCAACCUGGGCUUUGAGACUUCAGCGUUUAAACUGACCACAGAGUUUGUGGAUGUGAUGGGAGGGCUGGAUGGUGACAUGUUUAACUACUACAAGAUGCUGAUGCUGCAGGGGCUCAUUGCUGCCCGGAAACACAUGGACAAGGUGGUGCAGAUCGUGGAGAUCAUGCAGCAAGGUUGCCGACGUUGCACAGGAGAGUCCCCGCCCAGCCCCGUAAUGACGGUGGCCCAGGUCAUCUGCUCCCAGCUGCCCUGCUUCCAUGGCUCCAGCACCAUCCGCAACCUCAAGGAGCGCUUCCAUAUGAGCAUGACCGAGGAACAGCUACAGCUACUGGUGGAGCAGAUGGUGGACGGCAGCAUGCGGUCCAUCACCACCAAACUCUACGAUGGCUUCCAGUACCUCACCAAUGGCAUCAUGUGACGCCCUGCUGCCAGCCCCAGGGAGCAGCGGGGGUGGGGGGGGAAUGAGAGACUCCCUGGGAGGGUCAGCAUCCAAGCGAGGGAGACAAAUGGUGAGAGUGCUAGCGAGGAUCACUCGGUGAUGAGGAGGGAGCUUGCCCCUGGGAGUAGUGGAGUGUUGGGGAGGAAGCUUGUUGGGAUUUCCUGACCCCUUCCCCCAUUUCUGACAGUAUUACCACCUGUGACAGGCUCCAGGAGUCACUGCCCCCCAUGGAGAUGAUGGGAUGCUAGAGUUUGGGGGAAAGGGGACCUUUCUGGGGUCUGGGAAUUUUCCUUCCCAUCUGCUCUAGGUCACAGGGAGAGGAAAAGGGAGCUUGAUGAAAGGUGGGGAUUAGCCAUUCCAUUGGCCCACUGGUCUCAUCACCAAAUUCCUGGUAGAAGGGGCUCACAGCACGUACUUGGCGCUCCCCCUACUGGAGGGGGAUCUGAUUGCAGCCCCUCCACUUACAGAGCCCCCUUUGGGGAAGCAGGGAAAGGGAAGCAGGCCUCCUUCCUUGAGGUGUGGGUCCAGUCCCCCAUUCUGCCCCAGGCCCAGGGGGUGGAGAUAACCUGAGUCCGUUCUGCCCCCACUCCCUCUGGCCUAGGGAAAAUGCUCUCGAUUUUUUUUAUUUUUAAUUUUUUUUUUUUUUUUUUG